AUGCAACAAAUAUAUUUUCCAUCGGCAAAUAAUGAUAGUCCAAUUGAUCCAUCAAUAGCGACUCAAAUUGGCUCAAAUAGUUGUCAAAAUGAAACGAGUAUUACGUUAAUUGAAGAAAUUGAAGAAAAAGUCAAUUUUAUUGUACCACUCCUUGUUGUAUUAGGAAUAAUUGGUAAUUCUUUGAGUGUAAUUACUUUUAGUCAACGAAAAUUACGAUCAUUAUCAUGUGCCUGCUAUCUAUUAAUUUUGGCUAUUGUCGAUACACUAGCAUUAAUUAAUAAUAGUCGACCAUAUUUUUUAAAAAAAUUUAAUCAAGCUCAUCAUUUAGAAUCAUCAUUUCUUUGUGGAUUUCAUUUAUUUUCAACAAGAGUAUUUGAUGAAUUAAGUCCAUGGUUAUUAGUAUUUGUUGCUUGUAAUCGUUUAGUAUUAACAAAAUUUCCACGUAAUCAUCGUUGUUUUCAAACAUCAAAAUCAGCUGUAUUAAGUACUCUAUUAUUAAUAUUAUUUUUUAUUUUAUUAAAUAUUCAUUUAUUAUUUGGUAUUGGUCUUGGUUAUUCAACAGUAUCACCAUGUGACAGAGUUUGUGGACCAUUAUCAUCUAGUGAACAUUAUCUCUUUUUCUAUCAACAUAUUUCACCUAUAAUCGAUCUUAUAUUUAGUUUAAUAUUUCCAUUUUGUUUUAUAUUUAUUGCCAAUAUUUUUAUUAUGUUAAAUGUUCGUAAAAUAAGACGUCGUGUUAUAUGUCAACGAAAACAUAAACGUGAAAGUCGUAAUUCUCGUUUAUCCAUUGUUUUAUUAGCUGAUCUAAUUACAUUUUUAAUUGUUAGUGCACCAGUAUUAGUUGUCGAAAUUGUUUAUCGUUUUACACGUAGUUCAACAACAAUUGUUUUAGAUGAAAAAUAUGAACAAAUGUUAUCAAUUUCAUGGUUAAUAGCCAAUAGAAUUUAUUAUCUUAAUUAUUCAUUAUCAUUUUAUUUUUAUGUUUUAACAUCAUCUUAUUUUAGACAUCAAUUUUAUGUAGCUAUUCGUUUAAAAUAUGUUCAAAAUAUAUUUCGUUAUUUAUGUUUUAAAAAACAAAUGAAAACAAAAUUAACAAGAAAAGAGGUACAAUCAGAUUAUUUUGGCUAUAAUGAACCAUAUUCAUCACCCAGUGAUGAUACAAAUACAAAAAUUAUGUUAAAAGAAACAAUUAAAACUAUAACACCAAUGACUAAUUUAUUAUAG